GGAUAGUUUGUUACAGUCGCAUUAUCCACAGGACACAAGUCAGAAGAGAGAAGAGAACCCUGCUAAUAUUUGCCAGAAUGAAAAUGGCAGACAUGAAAACAUCUAAAGGCUGUUGUACAGUAGCUGCUUUUGGAGACAAACAGGAUGUGGAUGACAAACGUUGUAGCUCUUUGUUUGCUGGCCCUCGUGGCCUCUGCAGAGGACAAGAACAGCCAUGCCACCAUGCUGGCUGAUAAAAGUGCCAACCUGGCAUUCAGCCUCUACAACAAAAUGGCAAAGGAGAAAGGCGCAGAGAACAUCCUCAUCUCUCCUGUGGUGGUGGCCUCCUCCCUGGGGAUGGUGGCUCUUGGGGGCAAGUCUUCCACUGCCUCCCAGGUCAAAAAGGUCCUCAGUGCUGACAAUCUGAAGGAUGAGCAUCUGCAUGCAGGCCUUUCAGAACUGCUCUCUGACGUGAGCGAUACCAAGACACGCAACACUACCUGGAAGAUCAACAACCGCCUCUAUGGUCCCAGCUCCGUCUCGUUUGCUGAUGACUUUGUGAAAAACAGCAAGAAGCACUACAACUACGACCAUUCAAAAAUAAACAUCAGAGACAAGAGGAGUGCAGUGAACUCCAUCAACGAGUGGGCAGCAAAGUCCACAGACGGCAAACUGGCUGAGGUCACCAAGGAUGUUCCGAACCCAGAUGGAGCCAUGAUUGUCAACGCUAUGUACUUCAAGCCUCACUGGUUUGAGACAUUCAAUGAUAACAUGGUGGACAAGCGUGUAUUCCUGGUUACCCGAUCACUCACCAUUGAAGUUCCUAUGAUGCAUCGUACAGGUCUGUAUGACUUCCACGAGGACAAGGAGAACCGUAUCUUUGUGCUGAACAUGCCUCUGGAUCAGAAGCAGGCCUCUUUGAUCCUCAUCAUGCCCCACCAUCUGGAGCCCCUCGAACGCCUAGAGAAACUCCUGACCAGGAAGCAGGUGGACACCUGGAUCAGCAAGUUGGAAAACAAGGCUGUGGCCAUUUCCCUGCCAAAAAUCGCAAUGGAAGUCAGCCACAAUCUGCAGAAACACCUGGCUGAGCUUGGCCUGACCGAGGCUGUGGACAAAGCCAAGGCUGACCUGUCCAACAUCUCCGGAAAGAAAGACCUGUACCUGUCCAACGUUUUCCUCGCGUCAGCCAUGGAGAUGGACGUGACAGGAAACCCGUUCGACACCAGCAUCUACAGCUCAGGAAAGCUGAGGAACCCCCAACUUUUCUACGUAAAUCACCCCUUCAUUUUCCUGGUGAAGGACAACAAGAGUAACUCCAUCCUGUACAUUGGCAGGGUGGUCAGACCUAAAGGUGACGUGUUGCGCGACGAGUUGUAAUGUUAAUGGGAAUUGGGUUGGGUAGAUUAGUUAUUUCUUAAAUGGUGGCAGGAAACUGUGUGUAUUUUUGGUAUGACUGUUAACUCGUGAGCACAUUCCUGUUGGCAAUCUGUGGACUUAGUUCCUUAGCCCUCUGGUUUUGUACAAGAUAAACUUACCAGGGAACAAUUUCUCAAACCCAACACAUUAGGUUUCAACCUUUAGCCCCCCUAUUUAAGAUCUUUAUGAACAAACGCUAGACAACAAGCUUAUACUAAGUGCGUUUUCUUCACAACCUGUAAGUAAGGCUUUGACCCUGAUCCAUGUACGUUUUCUUGCAUCAUAUUUAACGUUUAAAGUUAACAAAGAUCUUUGCACAAGCUUUGUCUCACUCAUUCCCUUCACAUGCUGGUUUUUUUAUUGUGCCUUAUUCAUGUUCACUUGCCAACCAUACUGUGUCAUGUUGUU